AACAAUGAAAUGGCACUAUUAAAAAACGUUACAUAUAUGACGAAAUAUCUCCCAACUUUACAUGCUUGAUAUAUUUCCCAAUUGUUUCUUCACAUUUAUCCUGUUCAUCCCCACCGAAACAACAGAGAGAUGAUAAAUAACAAUAAAUCAAUCUGCUAACUAGAAAAAAUACAUUAGAUUCUGUCGCUGUCGAAUUGUUAGGGCACAAAUUGAAGCCUCAAUUGCUGCAUGACGAGCGCUUCUGAGCUUUUUAAUAACCGCAGGCACCGCUUCGGCCGGAAUUCUGAAGUCGCAGAUUUUGAUUCCUCCUCCGGCGCCGGCGAUAGCCUCUCUUCUUAUCACGAUCGCCGUCGCCAUGGCCACCACAGCCACGGCGCUCGCCGCCGUCAUCAUGAUGGCGACACCAGUGAUGUCCCUCGACGAAGCGAAACUCACAUUAGUCGCCGGGCUACUUUGGAGCGUGAAUUUGUUAGAUUUGAUACAGGAGGUGGCUCUUCUAGCAGUCGGUUUAUUCCAGCAAAUGUUGACUUGGAAUUGCUUAGAAGCAUACCCAGCAUACCCAUGCGUGAGAGAUUUAUUCGGACUGAUAGGCUUCCUGGAGAUGUACUGCUUGCAAGAGAAAGGCUUCUUGAGCGACUAAGAGGCAUUCAAUUAAGUGGACAAAGGGGAAACGUAACAGCUGCGCCCCUUCCCUGGCAAGCAAAUGCGAGGGAUAUUGAAGUCUGGCGCAUGUUUAAUGGACUUGUCUCAGCUGCCAGAUCUGAAUCAGCUACCAGAUCUAACUCGGACAUGGGAUCAUCUGAAUCAGCUACCAGAUCUAACUCGGACGUGGGAUCAUUUAUAGCACCGGUAGCUCCAAAACCCCGUCCUCUUGGACUUACUCGAGAUGAAUUUGAUCUUUUGCACAUUGAGGUUUUCACCACUACAGAGAAGAGUGAUGAAGAAAAUAUCUCUAGGGCGUCACUCGAGUGUAGCAUCUGUCUGGAGAAUUUUGUGGAGGGAACUGAACUUGUAUGUUUGCCUUGUGGGCAUAAAUACCAUCGCUAUUGCCUGUUUCCAUGGGUUCAGGCUUGUGGGGACUGCCCUUACUGUCGAGCAGCUAUAAUCGUAGUCGACACUGAAUUAAAGCUGUAGAAUGACCUGCGUAUCUUGUGAUGGCAGUUUUCAUCUGUCUCGUAUCUUAUACUUUCCGACUUAGACAUGUACUUUGACUCCGUGACGGUGUAAACUUAAACGUAGACCAGGAUGUUUUGUAACUUAUCCUUCUGCACUUUUUUGUCGUUAAUCUUUGUGAUGUUAUAAAUUUAUGUAAUGCUAUAUAUGCAUAUUUAACUGGAAGGUUUAAAUUAUGUCUGUAUAUUUGGGGUUCUA